AUGGCACUUGGGGAUAUCCUGGCUAGGGUUUUCUCUCUAGCUGCCCUGAUUUUGAUUUUGAUUGUUGUCUUUGCAGGUACUCAGUGCGGUGGUGCCCUGGAGGACGUAUUCAUAGUCCUUGUGAGUAAAAAUCAGAGACUGAAAACAAACCCUAGCCACAAUCCAGACGGGUUAGAGUUCGCUUCUGAGCUUGGAUUAUACGAAUUCUAUACGGUACAUGUGCUGACCUACUGUGCGGGAUACUUCAUGGACGAUGGCGGGCGAAAUACGACAAUGUGCACUCAGCCCAGCGUGCCAUUUGCCUUUGAUUUGGCAGCUGCACUGUUGAAGAGCCUCGCUGCGAGUGGGAGCGGACAAGACGAUAUUAGCUGGCCAUAUGCUGCAAUUUCCGAUUUUGGUUGGGUUUCUGCUACCUCCAAAACAAUUUCGGUGUUGUCUAUAUUGAUCAUCGUCAUCAUGGGCAUCGGAAUUCUGAUUGACGGACUCAUAUUUUCUCGGUCCGGCUAUCUGUAUCUUACUACUAGUCGAGCUUUUUCACUGGUAUGUCUCUAUGUUCGACGGUUCACCUAA